UUUUUUAGAUAGCACACCAAACUGGGCCAAUUCUUACAGUUGCAAUUAUCUUUUGAGAAUGCUGAGCCUCUAUGAUUCCCUAAGCAAUGUAUGUGUGCAAGAUUACCUUUAAUAGUGGAGAAGUGAUGUGGUUUAGUGAUGAACUAUGAUGCACAAUGGCUCAGUGGGUCUUUAGUGCAGGAACUUUUUAGAUUUUUAUGUCAAAUAUUUCUUUCUAUUGCCCUUCCUAAGCUGCAUCUUUUGAUUUUCACAAAACACCUUUCUGAAUGUCGAAUUCUUUGGAAUCUGAUAAGUGUUUGAAAAGAUAAUGAAAGAAAAGUAUAAUGAUAUACAAUGGCAUAUACCAAGAAGAUCGCAUGUAUUUUCAUAUGCAUUGUGUUAGUGUCAGCAACCCUAAUCGAUGGAUUCCAUCAUUCUUCUGGAGGCAGCGGCAUUCUUGGUGGUUUAUUGGGAGGAGGUGGAGGUCAUGAUAAACAUGGUUCCGGCUUAGGAGCCAUACUUGCUCUGACUCUCAUAAGGGGACUUCUCUCUAAUGAACAAAAACACCAUCACGUGCACCAUCAUGCUGGACAUCACGGACAUCAUCAUGCUGGACAUCACGGACAUCAUCAUGGCUUUGCACUUGCAGCAGAACAUACACCCGAGCUUUUGGGAUAUGAAGAAAUUGGUCAUGGAUUUGAACUGCACUGAUAUACAGAUUUCUGUAUAAAAAUGUUAAAAUUGUAAAAUUGUAUUAUAAAACUUCACGUUGUAUUAUACACAUUUCAUUGUAUGAAUAAAUAAAAUGUUGUUGUUUCUA